GCGUCGAAGGCUCCUUGUGUUCUCUUAGGGGUGGGUUUCUGUCUCCCUUCCCCUCUUUCUUCCUCACUUUCUGAGGCUUUCUUUUGUAGGUGGUGAUGGCGUCUGCUGACGUUGAAUACCGCUGCUUUGUUGGAGGGCUCGCAUGGGCUACCGAUGACCGCUCUCUCGAAAGGGCUUUUAGCUCAUUCGGAGAAGUUAUCGAAUCCAAGAUUAUUAGCGACCGUGAGACGGGGAGAUCGAGGGGCUUUGGAUUCGUCACCUUCAGCAACGAACAGUCCAUGAGGGAUGCCAUUGAAGGGAUGAACGGACAGAACCUUGACGGGAGGAGCAUCACCGUCAACGAGGCCCAGUCCAGGGGAAGCGGCGGCGGCGGAGGCGGUGGCGGCGGCGGAGGAUUCCGUAACAGUGGUCGCCGUAGCAGUGAUGGCUAUGGAGGGGGAGGGGGAGGGGGUUAUAGUCGCAGUGGUGGUGGAGGUGGUGGACGGGAUCGUGGAUAUGGUGGGUCAGAUGGAGGAUCUCGUUACCGUGGUGGUGGUGGGGGUGCUUCAGAUGGCAACUGGAGAAACUAAUCGUUACUAGAGUGGCGUCUUUGCUCCAGAUGGCAAAUGGAGUAACUAAGUAGCAGCACUACUAGUACUAGUUAUGGCUGGGUUAUCUUUAUCUUGUGUUAAAUGGUGUGUGGAGAGGAAUGACUGGGUUAUGUUCUUCUCUGGUUAUGUUUUUGAUCUUGUCCUGUUAUGGUUUUUGAUCUCUGGUUAUGGUUUUUGAUCUCUCAAGAACUACAAUUAGUAAUAGUAAACGGUUCUAUGUUAUGUGGUUAUGGUUUAGAUAAAAACAAUAUUUUCUUCUUGUUGAAAAUGCUUGCAUGAAAUAUUUGUCUUU